AUCUGGGGCAGUGUGUUGUUCUUCCUUCAAUUCUAGAGCUGGUACAGAUAUUCCCCCAUCAAUGGCCGACGGCGAAGCCAGCUUCAGUGCUGCGAACGACACCGUUGAGCUGGAGGCUAUGCGCAAGGACAGCCACUCUUGGCACCCUUGUCAGGUUUCUCUCUGCUCCAGAGGACAAGGGAUCACUGUGCUGUAUGGAAACAACUUGGAAGAGGUGAUUAUCGAUAAACAGGAGAUAUUUGCUCGCAUUCGUGUUCGUUCCAUUCCAUUACAAGGUGAUGACUGCUCGUCCAUCAGAAAAGGUGAUCAUGUGCUUGCAACUGAAAGUUCACAUGUUAAGGGUGUCUUCUAUGACGCACGGGUGGAACAGGCAAUUCAUGUGAGACACUCAAAGAGGACCUACUGCAGAUGUUCUUUCACAAUCAAAUGGCUUCACCAUGCACUUCCAGAAGAAGCAUUGACUGUCCCAGCAAGUGCAAUCAUGAAACUGGCGGCAACAAGCAUCCAUAUUCAUCCAGCCAUCUCUGCCUUCUUCAGCAUGCAGGAACCAUCAAAUGCUUUACACGCAGAGGGGAUGAACUGGGAAAUGGAUAUUAAUGUGCUACUGGAGCAGCAGAUAAAAGAAAUAAAUACUUCAACAGAAGUUCCUGGGGAGAAUAUGUUGAAGGAUUGUGUUUCUUCACAGAAAGUUGAUCUGAAAGGAAAAGGUCAUGGCUGGGAAAUUGAAGCUUCAUUCAAAGACCCACUUGGAUCUGUUUCUUUUCUUGAUAAAUUGAAUGGUUUCAAUGGAAGUGUGAAAAAACACCCUGUGAUAUUGGAUACAUCUCCAGCCCCCACUUCAUCCAUCCAAGAGGAGCCCAAAGGAAACAGAUUCCUACUCAAUCCUCUCGCAGCUCGUGCAGCUCUUGCUUCAUUAAGAUCAGAAUCUCCUCAAAGUCCACAGUACUUGGCCCAGAGCCAUGAGAAAGGAGAUAUGACUGGUCAGCAUAGCACUGCCAAGUUGAUGCAAGGGAAUACAGUCUGUAGCAUCUCUGCAGUUGAUUGUUCAUCAAAUGCAGAAGAUUUUUCACUGAAAAGAUCAGCUACUUUAGAAUGCAAUAGCCCAAAUUAUAGGAGCAUUGCGAAGAAACUCUUCCCAACAUCAAGUCCUACUGACACAGUUGAACUCUCUAAUCUGUCUUGUGGAACACAAUUAAAUGGGGUGGAAAAGAAAAACAAGAUGGGAGAAAGGAAGACGCUGUCUGCAGAUAUGAGGUUGACACGAUCUCAAAUUCAGAGAGAUAAUGAAAAGAAUGAGACUUCACAGAUGGCUAAUAACAAUAAGAAACAGUCAAGGUUGACAGACAUGCGCAGAGUUACGCGAUCAAGAGUCAAAGGAGCAGAGAAAAUUGAACUCAAGGACUAUCAUGCAGCAGGAAAAGGUGAUGUACCCAAUGAAUGCGUGGAAUCAGAAACUUUUCCGCAUAGUGCUAAAGCUCCAGAAAAUUGUUUAUCAGAAACUUCACCAAUUAAUGAUCAGAUCAGCACACGAAGGGUUACUCGGUCAAUAGAAAAAGGAGUAGAGAAAACUGAUGUGAACGACAAUAACACAGCAUCUAAAAAUAAUGUUCGCACUGGAUGCACUAAACCAGGUACUUGCGCCCAAGAUAUUGUAGCUCCUAAGUUUUGUUUAUCAGACAACCAGAAAGCAGUAGCUUCACUGCUUGAUAAUGAGACCAGUAUUCAUGAUGUCAAGCAUACGAAACAUGUUCCCGGAAAAGAUGGAAUGGUUGUUGAUGUUAAUACUCACCAGGAUUACUUGGUUCAAAAUGCAGAGAAACACAAUAAUCCAAAAAGGCCAACACAAUCAGCUGCUACUGAGGACACUGAGAGCAAUACUGUGCAACUUAAACUAAAACAAAGGAAGAUAAAUUCGACUGAAUCCAAUUUUCCCAUUGAGAAUUCUUGUAUUAACAGAUCACUCUCUUUACUCCAUGCCACUGAGAACAAUGAACAGCUUUCUGAGGAAGGAGAGAACGGGAAAAGAUUUACUCGUAAUACCACUCCAAAAAGUUCAGCCGGAAGUCAUCAUGUCACAAGGAAGUCAUCUGCAAGUUCAAGGCAGCAGGAGACACGAUUUUCUCCCCGGCUCAGAUUUCUUCCUCGAACUCGCUCCCAACACAGAGCUUAACCUAAAACAACAGUUGACUUAACAUCUCAUAUCCAUAUUACGUCUCGAGCUUGCUUCAUCACUUGUGCAGCUGUCCCUAAGCUAAUUCAGAAGCUCGGCCAUAUUGGAAGUUCAGAAGCAACUUUUGGAUGAUUUUGACUAGUCGAGUCAGCAAAAAAAUAUCCCCAAAAUUGUUAUCCCCUUUUUGUGUUAAAACGUUGAGGAACGUAACAAAGAAAUUGUAAUUCUGCUUCCUGUGGGUGGAGAAGAGAGAUGGGAGUGUGAUAUUUGUUUGCAUAAGUUUAACAUUAGCUCUUAACGGAAGGUAUAAUUCUCAUUUA